UAUAAAGUAAAUUAUAUUUCCGUUGUGAAUGAACUAAAUUGAAUGGCAGCAACAAACUGGGACAUAUUUUAAAUUGCAACACCCUUAAAAUUAUAUCGUUCAAAUGUUAGCGAUAUGUGCCGUGACAUGAACCACGCGAUGACGCAAUUACUUCUUUGAACCGAUUCUUUGAAACGAUGUGUUCAAAAGAACCGAUUCCCGGGAAUUAAUCAGACUUUUCCUCACUUCGUUGCAAUCUUUCUCUGUUCGCCAGAUCUAGAGCAACUGAAGCCAACCGUGUGUGACCUGAUAUGGUGGCCCAGUUAAUGAUGAACUGCCAAGCUAAAAAAUACAUGGCAUUAGAUUAUGUGUAAAUGUUUUGUUCCUGUUUAUCAGUUGCUAAAGGAAAAGAUCAAUGGAGUUGAGGGAACAAAACUGGAUGAGGAAUUCCUCAACAUGGAGCGGAAAACUGAUAUUACCCACAAACUGAUUCUCGACCUUGUUCCAAAAACUAUAGGAUAUCUUCAGCCAAACCCAGCAUACAGAGCAAAGCUCAGCAUGCUCAGUACAGUGUCCAAAAUCCGUGGGCAGGUGAGGUCUGUGGGAUAUCCUCAGGCAGAGGGCAUUCUGGGCGACUGCAUGCUGCGCUAUGGCAAUGAGCUUGGAGCUCAGUCUGGUUUUGGUUUUGCUCUGCUUGAAAUGGGAGAGGCGCUGAAGCAAGUAGCCCAGGCAAAAGACUGCAUGGAUGUCCGAGUGAAACGAACCUUCAUUGAUCCUCUGCAGUCCCUGCAGCACAAAGAGCUGAAGGAAAUUGCGUAUCAUCUGAGAAAACUUGAAGGUCGCCGUCUAGAUUUUGAUUACAAGAAAAGGCGUAAAGGCAAGAUUGCAGACUCUGAAAUUAAGAAAGCAUUCGAAAAGUUUGAAGAAUCAAAAGACCUGGCUGAGAGAAGCAUGUUUAAUCUCCUAGAGAGAGAUGUACAACGGAUGCAACACCUCUCAGGUCUUUUAGAGGCAGUAAUGGACUACCACCGCCAGUCACACCAGAUUCUAGAAAAUCUCAGGAGUAGUUUGCAGAGCAGGAUAACAGACGCAAGCAAUCAACCCAAAAGGAAAUUUGCAUCUAAAUCAGUUGCCAGCACAGUGUGCUACACGGAUAUUUAUGGAUUUUCCACAUGCUCAUCCGGUCAGUCAUCAGAUACUGAGGUUACUGAAGCUUUGAGUGAAAAAUAUGCACCAGUUGUUGUUCACCCUCCUAACAAAGUCACCAUUAAAGCUCAAAUGUCAGACAAGCCAACCAGCAACAAUGAUAACGGCCCCCCUUUGGACCAGCCUUGUUGUCAGGCACUUUACAGUUUCCAGCCAGAAAACAAGGGCGAGCUGGGCUUUAAGGAGGGCGACAUCAUCAUUUUGACCAGCCAGAUCGAUGAGAACUGGUGUGAGGGAAUGAUCAGAGGGGAGGCUGGCUUAUUUCCCAUGAACUUCGUCAAAGUCCUUGUACCUCUGCCACAGUGACGGCGGGAAGGCCCUGCAGCUGGACAACAUGAACUGUGCCAGUUUUUGAAGAUUCAGAAACUUUGAUAAUUUGAUAUAAGUUAAUAUGUGAAGCACUUCUGAGCCCUUGCUGUAUAUUUAUCUAUAUAAUCACUAUGCAAAAUCAUGUAGCCUGCCUUGUAUUCCUUAUCUGAUUAUUUUUUAUGAAUCUUAUAAUGUUAAAUAAAUAUGCUGCUAUAUUAAA